GUUCACAAGAUCGACUUGCGCCUAUCUGUCGGUUCCUCGGCCGCGCCGCGUGUUCAUGGCGCACUCGGGGCAUAUUUCUGGGAGGGAGGUCUUGCUAAUGUGACGAUAGCCUCACCCAUACCCAACUUCUCUCUCACUUACAGCCCCUCGUCUCGUAGAUCUACUUUCACAUCAGCUUCUUGGCAGAUCUGACCGGAACCAUGCUUACGGACCGACUACGCUCCCAAUUCAUCAGCGUGCUGCUGGUCCUACUCCUCUUGCCAGCCGUCUUGGCUUUCGACUGCCGUCUCGACCUGCCAUCAUCAAACGGCAAAAAGGGCAAGGACGUGCACUUCGAUCUAGGACCUCUGGAUGGCGAACAUUCGGCUAGCAAAACUACCCAGACACCCCCUACCACGAAUGAAGCCAAAGUCAGGUUGAGAUUAUGCGGGGAUGAGGGGUUGAAGCGUGACACUGAGAUGGCCGACGAGGACCAGUGUCCGGAUGGGACGAAAGUCUGCUUGACCCUCCUCAACCACAAAUCGUCGUCGUCGGAAGGAGCUCGAGUAACGGCGGUGAUACCGAUCUGGUCGACGGGCACGGGCGAGGAUGAUAUCAAGGUGUCGACUAGGGAGAACGAUCAGGGUCUCGACGUCAGUGUGAACGGAGCAGAAUAUGCAGGCGGACAACAACGGCUCAAGCUACACCUCGUCUGUUCAUCCGACUCGGACGACAACAAGCUGGCCUUCGACUCGUAUUCGGACGGCACAUUGACGAUGACAUGGUCGACUCCUGAUGCCUGUCCCAAAGCGGCGGACGGGAGUGAAGACGUCCCGACCCCUGAAGAAAAGGCUGCCUCGAGUGGGAGCGGUGUAGGCAAAUUCUUCAAGUUUGUAUUCUGGAUGCUUUUCUCCGGUCUGUUCUUCUACUUUGUGAUCGGGAUGUAUUACAACUACACCACGUACGGCUCGAGAGGCUUGGACCUGUUACCGCACAAGGACUUUUGGAUAGAUCUGCCGACAAUGAUGAGCGAUCUCUUUUCGCACAUCGCUUCCAACGUCCGAGGCGGCAGUUCUUCUGGGACGAGCCGACGAUCGGGUUAUACUUCUUUGGGUUAAAGGGCGGACGCAAUGCGAUGGGAUGGAUUCGAACGUGAUACAGUGGAAUUAGAUGUCUGGUAGUUUCGGCGCACGCUCGCUUGAGCGAGGUCAGACCUUGGUAGCUC